AUGCAGCUGGUGAGCGGUGACGGAGAACAACCCGUCGUUCAGGCUAAACUUGGGGACAUCUUGGAGUUACGAUGGGAGAUCAUGGCCAUGGAUGAUGAGCUUGAUUUCUUCGUCAAGGACUGUUUUGCCGAGCCCGGUGUAGGAGCACGAGCCGAAGAGAAACUCCAGCUCAUCCAAAGGAG